UUAUUAACAUCAUCAUUAUCCUGGCUGGAGCAAUCGCACUCAUCAUUGGCUUUGGCAUUUCAGGCAAGCACUUCAUCACCGUCAGGACGUUCACCUCGGCUGGAAACAUCGGAGAGGAUGGGAUUCUGAGCUGCACUUUCGAACCUGACAUCAAGCUCAAUGGCAUCGUCAUCCAGUGGCUGAAAGAAGGGACCCUGGGUUUGGUCCACGAGUUCAAAGAAGGCAAAGACGAUUUCUCACAGCAGCAUGAGAUGUUCAGAGGCCGGACGGCGGUGUUUGCUGAUCAGGUGGUGGUCGGCAACGCUUCCCUGAGGCUGAAAAAUGUGCAACUCAUAGACGCUGGCACCUACACGUGCUACAUCCGUACCUCCAAAGGAAAAGGGAACGCCAACCUGGAGUAUAAGACUGGAGCCUUCAGUGUGCCAGAGAUAAACGUGGACUACAAUGCCAGUUCAGAGAGUUUGCGCUGUGAGGCUCCUCGGUGGUUCCCCCAGCCCACAGUGGCCUGGGCAUCUCAGGUUGACCAAGGAGCCAACUUCUCAGAAGUCUCCAACACCAGCUUCGAGUUGAACUCUGAGAAUGUGACCAUGAAGGUUGUGUCUGUGCUCUACAAUGUCACAAUCAACAACACAUACUCCUGCAUGAUAGAGAACAACAUCGCCAAGGCCACGGGAGCCAUCAAAGUGACAGAUUCAGAGGUCAAAAGGCGGAGUCAACUGCAGCUGCUGAACUCGGGGCUUUCCCCACGUGUUCCUUCUGUCCUUCUGAUUGUCUGGGCACUGCUGUCUCUCUCUACUGCCAGAUGCUAAGAUGAGGGGUCUUGGCCACACAAAAGCAUGCAAAGUGGCUGGUACAGCAGAAUCCCAGAGAUCUACAGACAUAUUCUCCACGACAUAUGACCUAGUUUUGUAUUUCUGGGAGAAAAUGAAUUCAUGUCUAGAAGUCUGGAGUGAACCGACAGGAAAAAGACGCAAAGAAGAAAACAAAAGCAACCCAAGAUGCCUCCAAUAGGAACAAGACGGACCUAGAAAAUAUUUCAACCAAACUAGAGUGUAGUAAGACAGCUAGUACAAUGUGUGCAGGGCGGGCGGUUUCCCAGGCCUCAGGGACCUCCCCUUGGCCGCCAGCUCCGGGGGAGCGAGAGGUUGGGCUGUUCUGUUGUUCUCAUAGCUCCUGGAUGGGUUUGCUCGCCAUAUCCUCGUUUUGUAUUCAGCACAUUGAACAUAGUG